AUGGUGUGCUUUACUUGCAUUUUAUUUUGGGCAGCGUUCGCUUAUAUAAUUCACCGAGCAUACCAAUGGGUAAUGUCCCAAAAGAUCAACAUUAAUGCGAAACGGGUCGUUGCUAUUUCGGGAUGCGACACGGGAUUCGGACACUUGUUGGCAAUUCGUCUUGUUCGUCAGGGCGUCACCGUCAUUGCCGGAUGCUACAAUGAAAAGGACGAGGAGAUUCUGAAGGAUAUAGUAGGUAAUCCCACACUCCUGAAGACGCAUCGACUUGAUGUGAGUAGUGACGAAAGUGCUCAGAAAUUCGCGGAAUACGUCGACACGAUUGUUGGUAAACAAGGCCUUUGGGGUAUUGUCGCGAAUGCGGGGAUUCUCGGAAAUACUGGACCUGAUGACUGGCUCAAUGUCAACGACUACAUCAAUACCAUGCAAGUAAACACAUUUGGAGUUAUGCGCUUCAUUCAAAACUUGAAGAAAUUUGUGAAAAUUCAGAAAGGAAGAGUGGUAAUUAUCUCCUCAGUUUCUGGACGAACUCCAAGGCCUACAGUUGGCCCAUACUGCGUCUCAAAGCAUGCAGUGGAAGCCUAUGCUGAUGUAAUACGUCACGAGUUGACCGAUUUCGGUGUUAGUGUUCAUCUUUUGGAGCCCGGAUUUUUCACCACAAACAUCACCCAAUCAGCCACCAAAGAUUUGGACAAGGUCUGGGAGCGUUUGAGCGAUGAGGGAAAAGCCGAAUAUGGAAAGAAGUUUUUCGAUGAUUAUAAACACUCGAGAUUCUCUAGAUUAUCCCAUUGCGCUGAUGAUUUGUCGCCGGUGCUUCGAGCUUAUGAGCACGCUCUGUUUGGAAAAUACCCAAAGACGAGGUAUUGGAUUGGAUGGGACACUAUUUUGUUUUACAUCCCUUUGGCGACCCUUCCGACUUUUGCCCAGGAUUGGAUCAUCAAGUUGCAGCGAAGAAACCGUCCUCUUCCCGCUGCAGUUCAGUCUCAUUAA